ACGAAUAAAAUGCAAUGCUAUUUAUUAUAUAUCUGUUUUUAUUUCACAACAUAGUAACUUGUUCAAGCGUAGGAAGCACUAUAUUUUACAAAAAAUCAUCAUACUCAGAAUGCUGGAGUGAAGAAGACAUAGCAAAAUUACGUUCUCGAAGAUAUUUUGAAAAUAUUAUACCCCAGCCCGUUUCUCCAGAUAAAGUAAACGCCAAGUUUGUGGAUGAACUUUUAAAAUAUUUUAAUAAUGCUCUUCAAACAGUAGAAAAAGGUGAGGAUACGAAAAAAAACGUACUAUUGAAAGAGGUUUUGGCAGACACCAUAGGUGCCCAUCUAAGAAGUGAGAUAUUACCAAAUGUUAGAUUAGCGUACUAUGCAGGAUAUAUUCCAUACAGAAAGGCGAAGUCAUUGCAUGACUUUUAUGAAGAAAUAAAAUUCAUUUUGAAUACUCAGGGUUUAGGUUGGAAGAAUUGCAGGAGCGUUCCAACUUUGCGUAAUUUUACAGUAGAGAAGAUUAGAAUAGGGACUGGUAAACUGACGGAUGCUUGCUCGAGAUUGAUUACAAAACGUGAUGAAAAGUCUUGUAUCCACAUACCUCUACCAAAAUCUGACGACAAAUUAAGACCCGCUGCAAUAGUUUUACCUUUAAAAGUUGGGGGAUUAGUAAAUCUAGUAUCACCAUCGUCAGAUAACGUUUUGUUAAAAUACUAUAUCACAGCCGCUCGAUGCAUCUUAAAUAAUUCGCCAGAUUCAUGUCGUCACUCCGACUUUGUCAGUUUUAAUAAUGACCUAUGGCACUGGAUGAAAAGAGAUGUGGCACCAAGACUUAUUGAUGAGAAAUUGUACUCUGCUUACGGAGGUGUCUUGAGGGUGGGUGCUGCGGUUCAAAACUAUGGCAAAGGUUUAUCACGCAGGAACCUUUUUGAGUACCAAGAUUCCGGAGUAUCGAUGUGGCAUCCAUGGAAAGCGCUUAAAGAAUCGUAUGUUUAUAUUAACAGGGAUUGGACUCCUUAUUUAUAUAUAGUUGUCAUUCUGAUGAUAGGAAUUGCUAUUAUUCUCGUACAAAUUUUAUAUAGUUAUAUUAUAGGUGACUAUGACUGCAAUUGCAAGGGACCAUCAAAACAGUCUUUGGAAAGUAAAGACAUCUCAUAUGCAAAUGUAGAUUCAAAUAUUCCCGCCAUGUUACCUUCCCACCAAACCACAGUAUGUUACUCAGAAAAUAAGAGACCCAAACUACCUACAUCCAAAACUAAAAGCUCAACAAUAGUUUCAAUUAAACACCAUGAGCAUGAUCUACAUGAAAACAUAGAAAAGUUGAGCGACAACGAAAACAAGAGCGACGUUUCACUGACGGUAUCUCUAAGCAGUGUCGAUGUUAAAGGAAAAGUGAUCGACGUUGGUCGAGCUGAAACUAUUCAAAGUCCACCGAAACUAGAGACUUCCAUUACCCAAAUGAAGAUUGAAAAGGCACUGACAAAGACAAAGCCACAGACGCCAAUGUAUUCCACGAGUACAGUGACCAACUCCGACGUGACAUAUCAAAGGGCGCAAGUAACGGACUCGUUGUCUAGUAGCUCUACAUCAGCAAGAACGAUUAGUUCGACGAGUUCUAAAUCUAGAUGUCGCAGGUCGAGAACUUCACGGGACCUGGCUUGGAGCCGUCGUGUCAUAUCCAAGCAUUCCAUGCAUCGGUCUACAUCCGGUACUGAAGGAACCGAAUUUGAUGUCACUUCUUAUACAACACCGAAAUCCCAUCGGUAGCCUUUGUUUCGUCUAUAAUAUUUAUAGGUUUUAUAGAUUACUAGUUAUUGAUUAAGACAUAUUUUUAUUUAAGACACUUUUAAAAUUUGUAAGAUAAUCUUUAUUU